UAAAUCAUCCUUCAGGCCGCCUGCUGGAGCAGAGCAGCACCGAGCAACGGCUUGGUCCACAGUGGAGAGAGAGACAACACCACUGAUGAACUUGAACGAUAUAGUUUGUCAACGAACUGGACCAACAGACUAAUUUGUCCCUGGUCUUCUCGACCGCCUUAAACACUCAAAAAAUUGGUUUCACUCUCCUCCAUAAAGGAUAAAAAAUCUGCUGUACUUCAACACCAAGAAUUUGAAGACAUCCACAACCAUGAAUCUCUGCACAAUGAAUCUCAACAGAUUAAUUUUUCUGCUGAUCCUUCAGGGGUUGGUGGUGGUGCUCUUCCAUGGAUGGUAUGUUCAUCACAAACCACCCGACACUCCUCCUUCCAGCGGUAAAGUUCAUGUUCUGGUGCUGUCAUCAUGGCGAUCGGGCUCAUCCUUCAUAGGUCAGGUAUUCAGUCAGCACCCGUCUGUCUUCUAUCUCAUGGAGCCUGCUUGGCAUGUGUGGUUCACAUCAAAGGAACCUACUGUGCGACUGCUUCGGAUGGCUGUGAGGGAUGUAAUACGGAGUAUAUUCCAGUGUGACUUCUCAGUAAUGGAUUCCUACCUGCCAGAACAACACAAUGUGUCCUCUUUGUUCAUGUGGAGUCACAGUCGAGCACUGUGUUCCCCGCCUGCCUGUCCCCUCACAUCACGCAACCAGAUGAGCAGUGAACCCCAGUGCUUCCAGAAAUGUGAUGCUCGAGGCCUGCAGAAGGUGGAAGAGGCCUGUGGCACGUACAGUCACGUGGUGUUAAAAGAAGUGCGAUUUUUUGAGCUGGAAUCCCUUUACCCUCUUUUGAAGGACCCAAACAUGGAUCUCCGCAUCAUCCAUCUGGUCCGAGACCCCCGGGCCGUGCUGAGGUCCAGAGAGGUGACAGCCCCAUCAUUUUAUAAAGAUAGCAGUAUUGUUUUGGGGCAGAGAAAGGUGCCAGCUGCUGGGGUGCAGUAUCAGGUCAUGCAGGAGAUCUGCCGCAGCCAUGUACGCAUUAAUGAGAGGGCUGUACUGAAGCCCCCUCCAUUUCUGAAAGGACGCUACAAACUAGUUCGCUAUGAGGAUGUGGCACGCAACCCACUUAAGGAGGUUCAUGACAUUUAUGAGUUUGUAGGUUUAGGGAUGACCCCACAACUGGAGGACUGGAUCUACACAGUCACACAUGGAAAUGGUAAAGGUUCUAGAAAAGAGGCUUUUCAAAUUACCUCUCGAAAUGCUACAAACGUCUCCCAGGCUUGGCGCACCAUGCUGCCUUACAGCAAGGUCAAACGUGUUCAGGAAGUGUGUAAAGGAGCCAUGUCACUGCUGGGCUACAAGACAGUUAAUGGCGAAAAACAGCAGAAGAGACUUGACAUUGAUCUGCUGGUUCCUCAAGAACCAUAUCAGUUCAGCUGGGUAUCAACAAAAAAAGAGCAUAAAAGUAAAAGAUAAAAGAUAGACAACAACUUACCAGCAACUGACUACAGAGGACUGAAUUCUGUACCUGAUCCUGCGGGUGUCACAGACUGAAGUCUUUGUAAACAAUGACAAUGUUCAAUGUAAAAGUAUUGAUCUGUGAGGACGAUUAAACAUGUUACAUAAUAAGUAAGGGGACAAUAUUCAAAUGAAAAGUGAGAGCUCUGUAGUACUGUCAGACAGUACAGUUUGUGUUUUCAUACCAUAAUCAAAAAGUAGAAAAAAUCUGAUACCAAGCACAGUUUUCCUAACAUGACUGCAGGUUCCCUGCAGACACUUUAUAAAUAGAUGAUCAAGUUUACAGAAAAUAUUCUACCAUUAGAGCACUUUCAAUAAGAUUUUAAGAUCAAUUUAAAAUAUCUGUAAACUGGCUUCAGUCUAAAUCUGCACACAAAAUCCUACGAGAGACACAAGAAUGUUUACAGAUAAUUACUAAGUUGGGAGAGCUCAUCAGAGAUGAUCUGUAUCGUGUGUGUGUGUGUGUGUGUGUGUGUGUGUGUGUGUGUGUGUGUGUGUGUGUGUGUGUGUGUGUCUUUCUUCAGUGACUUUUCAUUGAAUUUCUGCUCAGUUUAGUUUAGCUUACGUUGCGUUUUGCUGCUCGUUUUGCACUUUGCAGACUUUCUGGUAGCUGGGACGCAUGUACAAUUUUUUAAGCUGUGUUGAGACCUCUUUUGACUCCACAGUAUUUAAGCUGGGCAUCGGGCCAGUGGCUCCUGAAGGUCUGAUGAUUCUCCUACAAGGCAGGAGCUUCACAGUGAGAAGGAUCCCGGGUUCGACUCCCUGGUCCGGCAGGAUCUUUCUGUGUGGAGUUGCAUGUUCUCCCCGUGCUUGCGUGGGUUUCCUCCGGGUACUCCGGCCUCCUCCCACAGUCCAAAAACAUGCGUAGCCUACUAGCUUAAAGUUAGUGUGAGUGUGAGUGUGUCAGGUUGUCUGUUUAUCCAUGUGGCCCUGCCAUGGACUGGUGAUCUGUCCAGGGUGAACCCUGUAAUGAGCUGGGAUAGACUCCAGCAGACCCUCAUGACCCUGCAAAGGAUAAACGGGUUUAGAAAAUGGAUGGAUGGAUGUUGUGCCUCUUGUUCUGGGAUGGUCAGGAAACACAUUUACAUUGUUAGCAUCCAAAUAAUUGGACCCCCUACCCUUUCUGCAGCAGCUCCUUUGAGUUUAUUUCCUGCCACCUUGAGUACUUUUCUGUCCAUUAGUACUCAAUAAGUUUUUAUGUAAAUACUUUAGCAUGGUGACUAAACUAGAGAAGGAAACAGAGUUUGACAUAUACUACAUAUACUACUUUAUUUUCUUGAUAAAUAAAGAAGCAAUGGACUGCUUAAUUCUGUACUGAUCAUGUUUUUUUAGAGUGAAAUAAUUAAAAUAUGAAUUAUAAUUCUCUUUAAAUUUUAUAUUUGAUUCUCACAUAACGUAUUAUCCACAGACCACAGUUCAUUUACACACUUAAAUAAACACUUCAGGGGAAAAUAUGCAAUCCUGCAGUUUCAAAAGAAACAGAUAAGAGGAAUUAACAUGAGGAACUACAAACAGAAAUUAGCUAUAUAAAACAGUCUGACCUCAUCUAUCCCUGCAUUCAACGGCGAGCUAUCGCAGCUUCCUAAUCUGUCCCGUCAUACACCGUUUCCCAUAAAACUGUCACAAUAAAAGUUGUAUUCCAACUUUAUGGGCAACCGUGUUCACUUCACGUUUUCAUGAUUCACUACAUUUGAGUGGGAGACUGCAGAAUACUGAAGGGUUAGCAGGACAUGAAUAAUCUCACAUUAGGAUGCUGCAGAAUGGGGUUAAUGCCUUUUUACAAAUAAUUUUCAUGGUUGAGAACAUGUUGCGUAGUGUGUAUGGUGUAUGUGUAAUCAGAAGAGAAAGCGCUGUAGAGCGAGAAUGAAAGAGAAACACAGGAAAUAGAGGGUGAAGUGCUUUGUAGACACUACAAAGCAGUGAGGUGCUACAUGCUGUCAUGGUUAAUUCAAUUGUCUUUUAAGACCCAUCCUCACCAAUAAAAACUAGAACAAUAGUAAGCUUCAGACACCUCAGCAGUGGCAGGUGUCUUAAUUAGAUGUCUGUUUAAUUGACCAUAGCUUGAACUGAAAACUCCAUUUAGGGAGGUGUGUUUGUACAAUAUCGAGUGGUUUGACACAGAAGAGGGAGUCAGAAAUAUCAAAUGACAUUAAUGAAGUAUGUAAUUUCUAUGAAGGAUAUGUAGAUUAAGAAAGAAAUCAGUUUUGGAGCUGUCCAUCUUUCAGCACAGAAUUUGAUCCUGGAUGUAUGCUGAUUGGCUGUCAGUUUUUCAAUCAUCCAUUGAGUCUUUCCAAAAGGGAUCCCACUGAUGUUGUUUGCCACCUUUGUUGUUUUCAUACUCUCAACUCCACCAUCAAGCAUCAAGUAUUGAGUUAUUAACAUGAAGUUUAAACUGCUUUUAUUAGAAUGUCUCCCUUCCUUUACUGUGAAAAAUCUAAGACACACAGCUGUAAUUUUUAAAUAUUGUCAGAGCUUUUUUUUAAUUUGUGGGAAGAAUUGGUAAAAAAACUACAUGGUACUUAUUAUAGCAAUAAAUAAGCAUUCAUAUAUAUUCUUUUUCUGUCUAAACUGGCAUUGCUGGGUUUCUCUUGAGACGUUAUUGCCAUUUGGGCGCCACCUCCUGGCUGUGUCUUUCUCAAACAAUUUAAUUUAUAGUAGAAUUAUCUGUCUUCAUACCGAAGUUGAUGAAGCAACAUUUGUUGGAAAAGGGACUGAAUUGAUUCUUUUAGUUUUGUAUCCCAUCAUGAUUAAAUUAUUAAAAUAAACCUGAUUACUUUCUGUCAUUUUGUGGGCUACAAACAUGAACAUGGUUGGAUCUGAAUCAACAUCACCAAAGCAGCAUAUCUGCUGACACAUCCUGAGCUGU